AUAAUUAUGUACAAAUAUGCCCACUUUCUUUAUCUUCUCAGUCUCGGCCUUUGCGAAGGCAUUCAAAACAUUCUAAAAAGCACAUGUCAAUGAAACAACAUAAAAAGCAUGGAUCAUUGGAUCUUUCUCGAGACUUCUAUUUGAUAUUUUCAAGCCAAUGCAUGUUAUGUGGAAAGAUUAUAUAGCACUACUGCUUAAAUCCUCCGGGAGAAAUCAAUUAGCUCAAUGUCUUCUUGGUGCAGAUCUACAUGGUGCUAUUAUUUUAGUCGUGGACAGUAAGCAAACCCGUUUUACUGGAAUUGGUGGCAUCAUCGUUCAUGAAACUUCUGAAGCUUUUGGUAUAGUUACAGAAGAGAACAAAUUUCGAGGUAAUCCGUUCACUAUAUAAAAAUAUUAAUUGCUGUAGCAUUGGUAGAUUUGGAAAAGUUUACCAAAGGACCCGCAAGAGAGAGAGAAAAAAAAAAAAGACAGCUGGCAUAUGAGACAAAGGUUGUUAGGACAGCACAUGGCAGAGCCAGGUGUCCAGCUGUGAGUGGACAAAUAGUACUAGGUUUGCAAAUAAAUAGCAGUAAUGAUUGUGAGUCAGAUAGGCAGAAAUUGAGUAGUGGAAUAUCCACUUGGGAGAGUAAUAGGCCUCUCUAAGAGCCUCUGUCAUUUCUAUCUUUUUUUUCUGCAAUUUCUAAGCUUUCUGCUUUUAGCUUGUACUACUAGAUCCCAUUUGAACUCUAGUAGCUUAAUAAAAAUCAGAGCUUUCUUACACAAUCUUUUCCCUGUUUAUUUACUGUUUUUUAGAUAUUAAAUUGAAUCCUAUCAAUUUGGUAUCUAGAGCCUUGGUUCGAAGAACACAGUGGAUGGUUGUUACUCGUAGUGAGAUGGAAAACAGAGUCGACUCAGUAGAGCAAAGGAUGAACACUUUCGAAGGAACGUUGGAACAGAUUCGCCUGAUGGUGUUGGAGCAGCAGGCGAGGCCGCACGUUACAGCUGAGCAAAUCCGUCAGAUAAUCUUAGAACAACCACGGCGAAACCAUGGAAGAAACGGACGCCCACCAAGGGGUGGGUACGACGAAGAAGAGGAAGAAGAGAGCGACAGAAGCUCCCUCUCACGCGAAUCGCAACACCGUUACCGGCGAAAUAGAGGUGAGGGUCGUUCACGAUUCUUUGGAAGUCGAAGGAGACUGGAGAUUCCGUUGUUCAAAGGUGAGGAUGCUUAUGGUUGGCUGGUGAAGAUAGAACGAUACUUCCUGUUGAACGAAGUUAGGACAAAGGACAAACUAGAUGUAGCAAUGAUGGCAAUGGAGGAUAGGGCCCUAAAUUGGUACCAAUGGUGGGAAGAACAAACAUCUUUGAAAACGUGGGAGGAAUUCAAGAUAGCCGUGAUGAGACGUUUUCAACCAGGGUUGCUGCACAACCCUUUGGGACCAUUAUUGAGUCUGAAACAGAAAGGCUCAGUAGGAGAGUAUAGAGAGAAAUUUGAAAUGAUGGUGGCACCUUUGAGGAGGGAGGAACGAAUCAUGCUAGACUCAAUUUUUCUGAAUGGACUCAAGGAUGAGAUCCAGGCUGAGUUGAAGCUCCAUGAAAGCCAGGAUUUAGCUGAGUUGAUGGACAGAGCCCUAUUAAUUGAGGAAAAAAAUGAGGUUGUCACAAAGAAGGGUAGCUCAUGGAAAGAUAGGGGAGGCACUUUCAGAUUGAAAGAUCCUGCAGAGGCUGGAGGAUCUAAGAAGGAAAGUGAGACGAAUCAAGGAGGAGGAAUGGACAAAGGAAAGGGUCGAAGGCUGGACCCUGCAGAGCUGGAGGAAAGGAGCAAGAAAGGGCUUUGUUUCAAAUGUGGAGACAAGUGGAAUAGGGAACAUGUUUGCAAAUUUAAACAUAUGAGCUUGAAGCUGUGUGAAGACAGUAGUGAGGAAGAGGUAGAGGUAGAGAGGUUAGAAGAAAACCAUAUGGCAGUAGCAGAUAGGGUAAAAGAGCUGCAGACUCUGCAAUUAUCUAUGCAGAGUAGGGAUGGGUUCACUUCUAACAAAUCUUUCAAGGUAUGGGUGGAAGUGAAGGGGAAGAAGCUGCUGACUUUAAUAGAUUCAGGGGCUACCAGCAAUUUUAUUGACCCAAAAGUGGCAGCAGAGCUAGCUGUGAAAAUAGUGGAAACUCCUACUUAUGUGAUUGAAGUAGGAAAUGGAGAGAAGGUGAAAAAUCAAGGAGUGUGUGAGGGGCUGGAAUUCAAUAUGCAGGGAGUGAAAUUCAGUCAACAUUUUUUCAUGAUGGAGUUAGGUGGUACUGAAUUGGUGUUAGGCAUGGAUUGGCUAGCGAGUUUGGGGAAGAUUGAAGCCAACUUUGGAGAGCUCAGUUUAAAAUGGGAGAAAGAGGGUUUGGCAUAUGAAAUCAAAGGAGAUUCUGCCUUAUGUGUUAGGCAAUCAAAUUGGAAGGCUAUGCUCAGAAAUUUAAGAGAUGAAGGUGUAGGAUUCUAUGUGCACUCUAGGGAACCAGAAGCAUUGAAGGAAACAGGGGGGCAGGAGGAAUGGGAGAAACUUUUGAAGCCUUUUGAGGCAUUGUAUGGGAGAAGGCCUCCUGUGUUGAUAAGAGGGGAUACUCCUUCAUCAGCAAUAGAUGAAGUGAAUAAAUUGACUGCCGAGAGGAAUGUGGUUUUGAGGGAACUGCAGGAGCAAUUGCUUAGAGCUCAAGAUGUCAUGAGGAGUCAAGCAAACAAACAUAGAAGGGCUGUGGGGUAUGAGGUUGGAGAGAGUGUUUUUCUGAAAAUCCAGCCUUAUAAAAUGAGGAAAUUGGCUAAAAGGUUGAAUAAAAAACUUAGCCCAAGGUAUUAUGGUCCCUAUGAAACAAUACAAAAAAUUGGUGCAGUAGCUUAUAAAUUAAAGCUGCCAGAGGACACUAGGGUGCAUCCUGUGUUCCAUGCUUCAUUGCUCAAGAAAGCUGUAUCACCUUCUGUGGCAACACAGCCUUUACCUGUGUGCAUCAAUGAAGAUUGGCAUCUGGAACCAGUCCCUGAGAAGAUUCUGGAACAGAGAAAAAAUGAGCAGGGUGGACUAGAGGCAUUGGUUCAAUGGAAGGGCUUGCCUGAGUUUGAAAAUUCAUGGGAGAGUGUGGACAAACUGCAGGCUGAAUUUCCAGAAUUUCUCCUUGAGGUCAAGGAGAAUUUUGAAGGGGGGAGAAUUGGUAGAUUUGGAAAAGUUUACCAAAGGACCCGCAAGAGAGAGAGAAAAAAAAAAAAGACAGCUGGCAUAUGAGACAAAGGUUGUUAGGACAGCACAUGGCAGAGCCAGGUGUCCAGCUGUGAGUGGACAAAUAGUACUAGGUUUGCAAAUAAAUAGCAGUAAUGAUUGUGAGUCAGAUAGGCAGAAAUUGAGUAGUGGAAUAUCCACUUGGGAGAGUAAUAGGCCUCUCUAAGAGCCUCUGUCAUUUCUAUCUUUUUUUCUGCAAUUUCUAAGCUUUCUGCUUUUAGCUUGUACUACUAGAUCCCAUUUGAACUCUAGUAGCUUAAUAAAAAUCAGAGCUUUCUUACACAAUCUUUUCCCUGUUUAUUUACUGUUUUUUAGAUAUUAAAUUGAAUCCUAUCAAGCAUUAACAGAGCAAAUUUUCCUGUAUUCUCAGGUAUUAGAGUUGUUUGUUUAGGCUUAUGGCUUAUCUUAAAUUUUACUAGUGAUUGUUGUCAAAUGUGUUAGUUACGAAUUAUAAGGAGUUUUGCAAACUUGUUCUGGUAUCUCUUUAUUCUAUUAUGUAUCCUUUUCAUUGUUACCUUGCAGUUGUUCCAAAGAAGGGUUCUGUAUUUGUAUUCCAAGUUGGUUGCUGGAAAGUCACUCUGCAAGGAGAUUAACUCAAUUCAAGAAAGAUUGGAUUAUGAUUGUAGCGGUACGUGAAGACACAUCCUCAUUCGUCAGUUUCCAAUUUACACAUAUUCUUUUAACAUUUAGUUUAAUAGAUAUUUCGUAGUUUAUACAAAAUUUUGAGUAUGAGCAUUGUUGCAUGCUAAAUAUUUACAUUAUUCUUACAUGUGAAUGGUUU